AUGAAGCUUUUACUCGUCUUCGCUUUUUUGGCAUUUAUUUGUGUUGUUCGAACAGCACCGACGCCAUCAUCAACAUCACGUGUACUUAUUUUACCUGACUAUAAUGAUGAUGAUACUGACCAUGAAGAUGAAUAUCAUACAAUUGCUGAUGUUGGUAAUAAUGAUGAUGGUGAGAAUAAUAGUGACGAUGAUGAUGAUGAUGAACAUAAAACAACUACAAUGAGAACAGUAAUGACAACUUCUCGUUCAAAUCCUGUAUUUCCAUCAAGAGGUUCAGGUUUAAUACCGACACGACGACCAAUACAAACUCAACGUGUAUCAUCAAUGCGAACAACAACUAAAUUUAUUAAUGAUGAUUAUGGAGAGGUUGUUGAUGAAUAUGAUGGUGAUUAUAAAUAUAUACAAGAUUUACGUCGAUAUCUUCAACGAUUUAUUGAAGAGUUUAGAAAAGUGCUUCGAAAAAUAACUGGCUCUAAUGACAAUGAUAAAACACAACAAGAUCAAAUCGAUCAAUAUGAGGACUAA